AUGGCCCGGACGGCGAUGGUCUCUGCAUCUGGUGGCGGGGCGCGCGGGGAGAGCGUGGCGGGGGUCGAAAUUAGUACCGGAGCGCCACUGUUUAUCAUUCUCGUAUUUGCCGCUCAAGCGGAGUCAGUGUUCGCGGGUGCAAGGGUGGCCGGCGCGACGGAGGCUGUUCAAGGCAUGUUGAUGGCGGGCGCUUUGCCUGGCGAGCCCGAGGGGCUGCUGGCGUUAGGAGCCCUGCCCGGACAGAAGGACACCACAUGGACCAAGCUGUUCGUUGGUGGUCUACCCUAUCACACUACGGAUAAAAGUUUAAGAGAACACUUCGCCGUCUACGGAGACAUUGAGGAAGCGGUCGUCAUCACAGAUAGACAGACUAGCAAAAGCAGAGGAUAUGGAUUUGUAAUAAUGGGUGAUAGAGCUGCAGCGGAAAGAGCUUGUAAGGACCCUAACCCGAUUAUAGAUGGUAGAAAAGCAAACGUCAAUCUCGCCAUCUUAGGAGCUAAGCCCAGAGGAAACUUGGGCCCAGGAUUCGGGUUAGCUGCAGCCGCGGCGGCGGGUGUUCGCGCCGGGUAUCCCACAGUUUUGCCGGCGCAUUAUGGGUUGUCCCCGGGUUACGUCUAUGGAGCUCCUAGUUACGUAGGAGCGAUGGGGGGAGUGGGGGCGAGUGUGAAUGCCGGCGCAGGUGGCCUGGUGCAAUUACCACAGAUCCAACAUGCAGCAGCCGUAGCCGCGGCUAACCACCUGUACGAAUAUCAAGCUGCUGCGGCUCAGGGCGCUGCCGCCUACCAACAGCAGUAUGCGGCAGCGGGAUUUGAUCCCUAUGCCACAGCCGCAGCCGCUGCAGCAGCUGCCAGUGGUGGAUAUGUAUCGCCAUACUACGCGCUACCAGGUGGCGGAGUCCAGGGACCACUUUUACCUCCCCUUCCUUAUCCACCACAGCUUCAAGAAGCACGCAUGCAG